CGUGGGGUGUUAACCUCAAAAGCGUUCUUGUGUUUGACUCUGAAAUGAAAAUGUUAACAGUAUAUUUGGCAUUUGCAGUUUUUCCAUUCAGUGGCGUUAAUUUUGAAAAAGGUUGGUCGCAGCGUAAGAGAUCGGUGACGAUAAACAAAGCUCCCUUCGCCACAGUUGUGUUCGGCACUAAAAACAAGUUCUACUGCUCGGGCACCCUGGUCCAUCUAGAGUACGUCCUCACUGCAGCUCACUGCCUCUACGACUUGCACGGCAUCCUCACCGAGGAUGAUAAGUCCGUCAUGGUGAUGGCUGGCUCUGAGAAAGUGAAAUUCAACCAAAAUGAUGUUACAACUGGGAAAAUUCAACUACGAGAAAGCAAGCGAUUAUUUAUACACCAUGGUUAUUCCUGGUCAGAGAACUUCGUAAAAGAUCUCGCUAUAAUACAAGUGGAACCCCCUUUCAACAAGACUGAGCACGUUGAUGUGGUACGCCUGCAGAAAUCGAAUUUUAAGAAAAAGAUGGAAACGCGCGAGUACCCCUGGGACAUCAGAGAUUUCCAUUCGCUAUACGGAGGAAACUGGAUGUCGCAUAGCUGUGCCAUCUAUGGGUACGGAGAAUCGCCGCGUUAUAGCAACAACCAGCUGUACAAUACUAUAAAGGAACAGCAAAUCACAGUUGUGAAAAACUGUUACUGCCUAGAGAAAGUGCGAUCUAUCCGGUCUCCUUUCAACAUCAUCAGUGUGAAGAACAUUUUCCUCUGUAACAACAUUGGCACCUCCACUGGUCUCUGCUGUGGGGACAACGGGGGAACGCUGAUGUGCAACGACCGGCUCCGAGGAAUAUCCACCACGGUGUUCCAUUACGAGACCCACGACCACAACUCUUCCGACAGUCACACCACCCACGAUUGCUGUCAUCCCAAGGAAGACGAACCCCACGAUUGUGGCAGUGACAUGUCCAUGAGUGUGUUCACCGACCUCUGCUACUUCAGCGAGUGGCUGCACCAACACAUACCCGGCUACCCUCUCACCGACCAGCAUUGCAAACCUGUUGACAAUGCUAAAUAGGUUGGAGAGUGAUUUCUGGAAAUGUUGGAUCGGAACAGCUUCUUUAGUAGAGGAUCAAGAGACGAAGUCAACCCCUUGAACGAGGCUUAAGACACAUCAUCCAGCCACAGGAGAAAGUUAAUUAAUAAAAGGGAAAUAAAAUGAUGAAUUAAGGGUAAGUAAUAAACGGACGUGUGAACCUAAGUUAUUUUCUGAACUUUAAAAUUCAACUGUCUUUUGUAUUUGGAAAUAGGUAAUAAAUACGUUCAAAACAGUU